AUGAAGCAAGACAAAUCUGUUUUCAAGACACCUGAAAAGAAAACAACUCAAGAAAUCAGACAGAGUCCAAGACUUAAAAUGAUUGAAUACAAAAAAUCCGUGACUCCUAUUAAAGUUGAUGAUAGCCUUGUAAAGAAAGAAUCUGAUGAAAAAAAUAAGCCUGGAACUUGGAAGACAACAAUAUUGCCACAUUUGUUAGGCAAAACACCUAUGAGAGAAAUUGACUGGUGUGGUUUUAUAACCAAUUGCUUGAAAAUGUCAAAGAUGACGUGGGAUGAAACCGAUAGAGGAAACUACUAUUGUGGGCCACUUCUUGUAUUAUUGUUAGCUUAUUUGGAGUUUAUGAGGAAUGAUAAGAAUGAAAAAAGACAAAUACAUGCACUAUAUUUUUGGGAUUAUGAAAUGAUGGUGAAAAGGGAAAAAGUUGAGUUAAAGAGUGGUGACUUUGGAACUUUGGAAUGGAAUGAUGAUGUUAUAGAGAAUAAUGAAGAAUCCGACACCAAUGAAAAUGAAGAUAUGAAACUCGAUGAAUUGGUAUUCAAAGCGCACAAAGAAUUACAAAAAACUAGUGAAUGA